AUGCAGUACCAGUUGCUAUUUACUCUCACACUAUGGCUUUUAGGCUAUCAAACCAUCCUAACAAGUGGAAGCAGGCGCUUCGAGAUCGAAAGGGAGGCCCUCCUCGUCUUCAAAGCUGGUAUUAUCGAUACCAGUGGUCGAUUGUCUUCAUGGACCGGUCGGGACUGUUGUAGCACUUGGAAGGGAGUAGUUUGCGACAACAACACCGGCCAUGUUGUGAAGCUUAACCUUCAAAACAAGUAUCAAUGCGAUGAUGCUGAUUCAUCCGAUUGUGCCCUGCACGGUGAGAUCAAUCCAUCUUUACUUGUUCUAAGUCAUUUAAUUCGCCUUGACCUUGGCAGCAACAAUUUUAGUGGAGCCAACGUUCCAGAAUUCAUCGGUUCUUUUAAACGCUUGAAGCAUCUUGAUCUCUCUAAUUGUGGAUUCAGCAGUAAAGUAGUACCUCAGCAACUCGGAAAUCAAUCUGAUAUUCGCUUUCUUGAUCUCUCUUGCUCCAACGAAACUUGUAUAGUUCCGCAUAGCGUUGAUGGGCUAUCAUGGCUAUCUAAUAAAUCUUCUCUUAGGUAUCUUGAUCUCAGCGAUAAUUCACUAUUGAGGUCAAAUAUGUUUGUGGGAGAAAUUCCUUCGGAACUUGCACGACUUGCUUCCCUCCAAUUCCUGGAUCUUGCGCAUAACAAUUUGACAGGAUCAAUACCACGCUCUUUUGGUAAUUUCAGCGCUAUGAUCUAUCAUACAAUUCACAAUUAUGACGGAAAAGGAUUUUCUGUUGACGAGAGGACCUUUACAGUUUUUGACUACAUUAAUAAUUUGCUUGUGGUAAUACAAGGAGAGGAGUAUCACUAUUCUACCACUGUCUAUCUUUUCAAGAUUAUGGACCUCUCGGAAAACAAUCUAAGCGGUCAAAUCCCUGAAGAGAUAUUUGCAAUUGCGUUAUUACGUAGUUUGAAUUUAUCAGGAAAUCAUCUAACUGGAAUGAUUCCGGAAAGGUUAAGUGAUAUGCGCUCCCUGGAAUCGCUGGACCUCUCUUUAAAUGAGCUUCAAGGUGCUACUCCACAAAGCUUGUCGGCUUUGACAUUUUUGAACUACUUGAAUUUAUCUUAUAACAAUUUAUCUGGAAGAAUUCCAACAGGAAAUCAAUUGGGCACGCUCGAUUACCUUUCAAUUUAUAUUGGCAACACCUAUCUUUGUGGACCUCCGACGGGAAAGAAUUGUUCUGAAAAUGAAACAAUACCUAAUAUUGUCGGAGACGACGACUAUGAUGGAUCUGAGUCGACAUGGCCAUACCUCGGCAUGGGAUUAGGAUUCGCCGCUGGAUUCUGGGGCGUGUGUAGUAUCCUAAUAUUCAAGGAGUCCUGGAGCAGCGCUUAUUUUCAAAUGAUUGAUAGCCUAUACGACAAAAUAUAUGUGAUAAUAGCAAUAAGUAUUAGAAGGUUGAAUAGAAAAAUGCACGGAUGA